ACGACAAAUUUAUUUCGACAAUAAAAGUGAGGUUAGGGAGAAACUCCGGUGUUGUGUAAAUAUUCCCUCUGUGAAAAUGAGGAUUCCUUCAGUCAUCCUGCUUCAGAGGACACCACCACAGAAUGAGAAAAAAGUACCCUUCAAGGAGGCUCUGCCGCUGAAGCUGAAAGAUCAUGUGAGUGGCAAAGGAGGAGCGCAGUCUGAUGUUGCCUGCCUCCAUGAGAUGUCCAUCCUCUUUGCCUGCCUCAAGGGAGCUGAAUUCAAUGAGAGUGCCUGUGUUAAGGAGAUAACCAGCCUGAAAAAGUGCUACAAGACCUUCCUAGACACCAAAACUCAGAAAAAGGCAGAAGACAAGGCAGGCGGAAUGGUAACAGGGAAGGAUCUCAACUACAGACAACUCAAUAAAUACCUGAGGAACUACCCACAGCCCAAGUGAUUUAUCCGGAUUAAUAGUCAAUAAAUUUAUAAAUACAAAAAAAAAUCUUUUCCUCCGGGGAUUUUAUU